UUGUUCCUUAACACAAUGACUUACUCUUUAUUAUUUUUACAUUUUUUUUAAAUUUAGAUUAGGAAGGAUGUGUCAAAAUGAAAAAGUGUAAAUCAUCGCUGCAUUGCCUGUUCUGUUUAUCACUUCUGGUAUUGAAUGUUGAUAUCAUAAGUAUGUAUUGGAAUUGGUUUGAGGCCCAGCAAUAUUGCAGUAAAAACAAUGACACAUUAGAAUAUAACGUUUCUUCAAAUUCAACAGUGGAUUUUUGGUCUGGUGUAUACAAACGGCAUUCAUUGUGGAUAAAAAUGCUGGGCUGUUAUGAUUCAAACGCAAUACAAGACUACGAAGAAUUUCAUAUGCACUAUUUGUCAGCUGGAUUUUGUCAAGAAAUGUGUACAACUGUAAAUUCAACCAUUUUUGGAAUUAAGAAAAAUAAAUGUGUGUGCUUUAAAAGUCCAGUUUUGGCUGGAUCGAUUCCAUCCAACUUCUGUAAUGAAUCAUGCAAUCAAGAUCAAGACGCAAGUGUCGUUCAAUUCUCAGAAUGCGGUGGAUCUAACGCCUACACUUUGUACAUUGCAGAUACACCAGAGUCAACAAAUUUUACAUCAGCUGAAUCUGAUAGAAAAUCAGCCUGUCUUGCAAUCAACUGUGGUACUAACAAGACGUUUUCCAUAUCUUCUGGUUGUUCUGAGUCAUAUUCCGGAGUCUGUGAAGAUAAAGGUAACCUUUUUUUCACAUGA